UACGGCCUCUGGGCCCUGGGCUCAGUCCCUCCCCUUUCGCCGUCCCCUCUCUCUCUUUCUCUCUCUCUCUCUCUCUUCCUGAACUUCAGUGAAUCUCGAGAUAUAAAGAAAGCAGCUGCCUCCCUUUAAAGCACGGCUCGAACAAUGAGACCUCCUCUCCCAGGGCUUUAACUCCUCUGGAUGCAAGGACAAAGCCAGGCCGCCGUGAGCCCCUGCACCUCCCCACGGGUGCCCCAGGCCGUCCCCAUGGACCUGAGGAUCGGGCAGCGCGUGGUCAAGCCCGGCUCGGACACGGCCCUGCUGGCCCUCAAGCACACCCAGCAGCUCCAGCACCAGCUCUUCCUGGCCAGCCUCCACCAGCAGCAAGUGGAGCAGCUCGCCCACCAGCACGUCAGGGUGGCCAUGGAGUCCCCGCACCACGAGGCUGAGCCGGGGCAGCAGGAGCAGGAGCUGAGGCAGAUCCUCAACAAGGACAAGAGCAAGCGAAGUGCCGUGGCCAGCACGGUGGUGAAGCAGAAGCUGGCCGAGGUCAUCCUCAAGAAGCAGCAGGCGGCCCUGGAGAGGAGCAGCAACCCCAACCCCCCAGCCCUGCCCUACAGGUCUCUGGAGCCUCUGGACCCCGAGGGGCCCCCCCCUGCCGUGCUCAGCACCUUCCUGCCCCCCGUCCCCAGCGCACCUCUGGACCCCCCGGAGCAUUUUCCUCUGCGGAAAACAGCGUCUGAGCCCAACCUGAAGGUGCGGUGCAAGCCCAGGAAGUGCCUGGACCGGCGCAAGAACCCCCUGACCCGCAAGGAGAGCGCUCCCCCCUCGCUCAAGAGGCGCCCGCCCGACGCCCUCGACUCGUCCCCCAGCAGCAGCAGCACCCCCGUGUCCGGGUGCAGCUCCCCCAACGACAGCCUCCCCUCGGAGCACGGAGCCCUUCCCAGCGCCUCGGGAAUGGCCCAUGAGCCCCCCCUGGCCCAGCGGCUGAUGAUGCAGGAGAGCUCCCUGGCCCAGUUCGCCCUGCAGAGCGCGGCCUCCCUGCCAGCCAUCACCCUGGGGCUGCCAGCCACCUCCAGCGCCAGGGGCGAGGGGGAGCGCCGGCCCCUGCCCAGCCUGGCGCACCGGGUGCCGGUGCUGAACGGGCCGGUGCUGCCGGGCAGCCACUCGCCCGUGUUCAUCCCCGCCGGGCUGGAGCAGCACGAGCCCCUGUCCCCCCGGCUGCAGCCCCUCAUCAUCCUCGAGCCCUCGGUCACACACGCCCCGCUGGUGGCAGUGCCAGGCCUGGGCACGGUGCCCUUCCCCUUCGGCCCCUCCCUCAUCCCCGCGGAGCGGCUCUCGCUGCCCGGGCACCACAAACCGCUGGGCAGGACCCGCUCGGAGCCGCUGCCCCAGAACCCCAAGGCCAUCCAGCAGCACUUGGUGUACCAGCAGCACCACACCCAGUUCCUGGAGAGGCUCAAGCAGCAAACACACCUGGGCAAGCGCAUGGCCAAGCCGAGCGAGAAGCCCCGGCUGCGGCAGAUCCCAUCCUCGGAGGACAUGGAGGCCGAGGGGACCCUCCCCGAGGCUGCCCCGGAGGGCGCUGACCCUACCAGGACACGCGUGGAGCCCUCCAGGCCGGGCAGCAGCGGGAAGGAGCCCGAGAGGACGCAGAAGGUGCUGCAGCCUCAGGACGAGCUGGUCCUGCAGCAGGCCUAUCUGUGGGACUCGUACCAGCGGGUGCAGCAGCAGUUCCUCAAGCGCCAGCCCUUGGACCCCCCCGUGGUCCCCACGGGGCACAGACCCCUCUCCAGGGCACAGUCGUCCCCUGCCACUGCCAGCGUGUCCCUCCCUGCCCAGGACACCCCCAAGACCCUGGCCCUGCCCGUGCAGGAGCAGCCAGCAAAGCCACACUUCACCACAGGGCUGGUGUACGACUCGGUGAUGCUGAAGCACCAGUGCUCCUGUGGGGACAACAGCAACCACCCCGAGCACGCCGGGAGGAUCCAGAGCAUCUGGUCCCGCCUGCAGGAGCGGGGGCUGCGGGGCCGCUGCGAGUGCCUGAGGGGCCGCAAGGCCACCCUGGAGGAGCUGCAGUGUGUCCACAGCGAGCGCCACGUGUUCCUCUACGGCACCAACCCCCUCAACCGCCUCAAACUGGACAAUGGGAAGCUGGCAGGGAUCCUGUCCCAGCGGAUGUUUGUGAUGCUGCCCUGCGGAGGGGUGGGGGUGGACAGUGACACCAUCUGGAACGAGCUGCACUCGUCCAACGCUGCCCGCUGGGCCGCUGGCAGCGUCACCGAGCUGGCCUUCAAGGUGGCCACCAGGGAGCUCAAGAACGGCUUUGCCGUGGUGCGGCCGCCCGGGCACCACGCCGACCCUUCCACUGCCAUGGGGUUCUGCUUCUUCAACUCGGUGGCCAUCGCUGCCCGGCAGCUGCAGCAGAAGGGGAAGCUCAGCAAGAUCCUCAUCGUGGACUGGGACGUUCACCACGGGAAUGGGACCCAGCAGAUCUUCUACAGGGACCCCGAGGUCCUUUACAUCUCCCUGCACCGCCACGACGACGGCAACUUCUUCCCUGGCAGUGGAGCUGCUGACGAGGUGGGCUCUGGCCCCGGCGAGGGCUUCAACGUCAACGUGGCCUGGGCUGGGGGGCUCGACCCCCCCAUGGGGGACCCCGAGUACUUGGCUGCCUUCAGGACGGUGGUGAUGCCCAUCGCCCACGAGUUCUGCCCCGACCUCGUGCUGGUCUCUGCCGGCUUCGACGCCGCCGACGGGCACCCCCCGCCCCUGGGGGGCUACAAAGUCUCGGCCAAGUGUUUUGGCUACAUGACGAAGCAGCUGAUGAGCCUGGCGGGGGGGGCCGUGGUCCUGGCCCUGGAGGGGGGGCACGACCUCACUGCCAUCUGCGACGCCUCCGAGGCCUGCGUGUCUGCCCUGCUGGGCAACGAGCUGGAUCCCCUUCCCGAGGAGAGCCUGAGGCAGAAGCCCAACCCCAACGCCGUGCGCUCCCUGGAAGCCGUGAUCCAGGUCCAGAGCCGGUACUGGGUGGCCCUGCACCGUUUCGCCUCCAAGCUCGGCUGCUCCUUCCUGGAGGCCCAGCGGGACCACGAGGCCGACGAGGUGGAGACGGUGACGGCCCUGGCCUCGCUCUCCGUGGCCGUGAUGGUGGAGAAGAGGGCGCCCGAGGAGCCGAUGGAGGAGGAGGAGCCCAUGGCCCAGUGACAGUGGGGACUGUCCCCUGCCCCAGGACCUGCCCUUCCCUCCUGCCUUCCCCUCGGCCUCCUCAUCCUCACUCCCCGAAGCCGAGGAAGGGCCUGGACUCUCGGAAGGGACAAUUCCUGCAGCCCCCCCGGGGCCGUGCCCAUCGCUGGGGACCGAGGGAGGGGCACCAGCCCCCUCCCAAACCCGGACUGUGCCCGCAGAGACCCCAAACCCGGGCCCCAAAACCCCUCUGGGGGGGUGGCAGGGCCCCCAACCCCUCCGGCUGAGCGGAUGGAUGCAGAUCCCGGGAUCUCCGUGGGAAGGGGCGGAUCCUUGUCCCGGGAUCUCCGUGGGAAGGGGCGGAUCCUUGUCCCGGGAUGUCCCCCAGGGAAGGAAGGGCUGGCUGUGGGGGUGGAUGGUGGUGGUUCCUGGAGCUCCUGGAGCUCCUGGAGCUCCUCUCCAGCCCGGGACCAGCAGGGAUGGGACCUCCCUGUGCCUCCUCCCAGGAUUUCCCGGCUCCCCUCCCUCCGGAGCGUGGC